AUGGUCACAUCCAUCCAAACACGACCCAACCAGCUGCAGUGGACAGAAACACAGACACCAUCCCAAGAAUCUUCAUCAGAGUCCCCCAUUACAGCAUUUGGGCUGAGAUCAAGCUCGUCUCCAAAGAGAGAAUGGAAGAAGAAGAAGAAGAAGAAGAAGAAGAAGGGGAAAGAGAUAAGUAGUUUGUGUAGUGUUUGCAGAGAGUGGUUGAGGUGCAGUGGAGACUACUGGGCACCCCGGGGACACCAGAACAAAAGCAGAAAGCAGCGUGACUGCGAGUGUGCGUUUGUCUUUGUGGCCCUUCCAAAAACAAAAACACCACCACCAGCAACAACGACAACAUCAACAUAA